CGAACAUCCCACGUCGGUCGACGCGAUCAACGCCUUAUCCGCGUGUCUCUCCAGAGUCCCAGGCAGUAUGGCUCGCCGUUUCUUCUCUCGAAAUCAUAACUUCAUGCAUGAGCUCUCUGAGUGGGAAGGGCAACACGCAGCUCGAGAGACGGCUAGCUAAGCCGGAUGCGUGGCCCAAUGUUUGGCGGUGGAUCACUUUCCUGCACGAGGAAUGUAUCCUGAAAAAGUCGUACGAAGACUACAUAUGCGAUUGCGUUCCCGUCACUAUUCCACAGGUCAUUCAAACCUUGGCAUACUCUCUCGUCCUUCGUAAAGCUAUGACGCAAACACCCGGAGUCCUCGAGUUUGCAACGAAGCAGUGGCUACAUGCGGAAGGGCAGCCAGAGGAUGAGGAAGCCAAAGAGGAUGGGCUGAGGUAUCCUUGGGUGGGGGCUAUGGAUCAGCUCACACAUUUCGAGGAGCGAGCGGAUGACGUUACGAAGACAGUGCUCGAGGCGGCUGGAGGGAAUCUCGCCGAGCUUGCGAAAGUCGCACUGGGAAGGUUGAGAGCGACACUUGAGGAGAAGCCCUUGGACAAGGAGUUUCUUCUUCAAUGCUUGAAUUUGGUCAUGCACCUCUCUGGUACGAACGCGCUUGAGAGGGGCGAAGAAAUUCGAUGUCCGGAACAUCAAAGCAAAUUGCUCUAUACUUUUCUGCUUGAAGGCAAACUUCCUGUGCUCAUCAAGGUCCUCACAUGGUGUAACCGACAAUCUACUACGAACGCUGGUCUCUCGGACCCCAUAACCCGCAUCGUUGGCUUCUGCAUCUUCAACAUCCUUGACGAUCUCAACUCGCUCGACGACUCCUUUUGGGUCAUUCAGCUCAUCGAGAAUGGUCUACUACCUGCUCUCUUACGUUCGUCCAAAUGGGUGGAGGGGAUCAACGCGGCAGGGAUGCUGAGCGAACCUUUGGCGGCGACAAUCCUGUCGAAGAUCCUUCCGCUGCAUCUGGUCUUUCCGAAGGCUGUGAAGUGCAUGAGGAAGGGAUUAGCCCAGGUAGACAGGUUAGGCCUUGGGACGAAGCAGGCAGCAGGGAUGCUGUAUGAUCCUCUGAUGGUGUUGAAAGGGGUUUCGGAGGAAAGAUCGAGGUUACUCGAUGCGUGGAAGACUGAUGAGAAGUUCAAGCAUAUGAGCUUCCCGGAGGACUCGUGUAAUAGUUGCUUCUGGAAUCCUGAAGACGACAAGGAGGACGAUCGACGGCCAUUGAAGCGAUGCCGCGCGUGUAUGAACGUUUUCUACUGCUCGCAGAAGUGUCAAAAGCGCGACUGGCCAGAACAUAAAGAGAUAUGUAAAUCUCGGCGAGAAGACAUCGAAUGCGGACGCAAGGUCGCCAUCGAGAAGUCAGAACGGUCCUUCCUCGAAUACCUUGUUCACGACUAUAUCCACACUCACAAGGACGAACUCCUCAAGAGGGUCAAGCCGGGUUUCAAGAUGGCGGAUUACUUCGUCCGAAUAUCCUUCACACGCGUACCCGUUACACAUACAAUACACCAACACGCUUCUGGAGGGAGCAGUCGCAACUUGAAGGAAUACGAAGACGAUUCUGAUGAUGAGGCUGAUGACGAAUCCGCGUCUUCUGAAGAAGAUUCGGACUACAGCGAUGAUUCAUUCCACGAGAAGAUCAAAAACAUCAUGAAGAAGCUGAAGAGAACUGACGAGUCGCCUUCAAGAACGAAGGAAGUUGUGGACGACGACGGAGAUAGUGACUGGGUCUCUGACGAUGGCGAAGGGCAUGACUCGGACUCGGACUCGGACUGGAGUAGCAUCAACAGCGAUGAAGAUGAAAGUUUUCUCGAGGUGGAGUUCGCCAUUCCAUUCGGAUACUACGACGACAGUGGGCUGUUCACAGAUGUCGAUAUUUCGUCGUGGGUGCCUUUCGGAAGGCGCGAAGCUGAAGGUGGAGAAGGUCAUCAGAUAGUACCAGUUAGUUCAUAAUAUGCUGGGGAUUCUACAUAAGUAGGUAUUACUCGAUAUGAGAAC